AUGAUAUCCCUUCUCAAGGAGGAAAACUCCAGCCUCGUUCAUGAAAUUGAUGCGGUCAACAACAAGGAAGCAGAUCUUAUCAAGAGGAAUGACGAUCUAGAGAACGAGUUGAAAAUGAGAAUGGCUGAGUAUGAGGACGCGUUAAUCCGGAAAGGAAAGGAACUAGACAAUCUGAAGGACGAACACGCAGAGAAAGACAGAGAGUGUGAGAGGAACAGAAAGAAACUGGAAGAAAUGGAGAGUCAAGCUUCGGACAAUGAUUUUUAUUGUGGUUACCUGGAAGGGAAAGUCAAGGAUCAUGAAGCGGAAAGGAAGAAAUUGAAACAGGUGACCACACAACUCGAAGAGAAGCUGCGAGCCUCACAGCAAGAAUUGUCUGCUCUUGCAAAACACCGUGAUCUCGAAAAAAAUCAUGGAAAUGAGGCUCAGAAGAAGACCCGAAUUCUGGAAGAUAGAGUUCAGCAGCUUCAACGAGAAAAUGAGAAAUUGAAGGAGAAAUUAGCCGAGAGUGAGCGGGAAGCGGCCUCAGUGAAGAAUUUAAAUGCACCUAAAAAGAACAGAAUUAACGCUCUGGUUGCAGAGAACAAGGUUCUCAAAGACAGGAUCGCUAAACGAGUAGAUCAAAAUGGAAUCGUCCAGAGCGAACGAGCUGAAAGGAAGAAACUAGAGACUGAGUUGAAUCGAGUCAAAGGAAAUCUGAAAGAGGCGGAAGAUACCUUGAGUCAGGUACAAGAACGGCUUAAAGAGGCUGAAGCAAAAAGUACACAGGUAGAAAUUCACCGGAGAAAAGUACUGGAGGCAGAAGCUGAUCGCUGUAUUGAGAUGGAAGAUUUUGCGACAGCAAUAGUUUUCCUAGGAAUUAUAACAAAGGACUAUGAUAAUGUGUUGGAUUGUCGUGUCAAGGAGUUGAGAUGCCACACAGCUCUAGGAAUGGUGGAAGAGGCCAAAAAAAUACUGGACAAUUUACCUGCCGAGUAUCAAGAUGACUGUGAUGUUCUGGUGGAGUCUGCCCUACUUUGUGCCUUUGAUGCUGAGUUAGAAAAAGCUGAAACUGAUUUUGACUCAGGUUCUAGAACCGAUGUCCUAACCAUGAAAGGGCACUCAAGGGAAAAGAGUUUCUGGAGCAGCGGGCGAUAUGGUACUCUAUUCCAUUGA